AUGGAAGGUGUGGCAAUCCAAGGCGGAUAUAAUAGAAAUGGAGAUAAUUCUUUGAAGCCUGGCGAGUAUAAUAAUUACGUCUUCCCUCUGGGGCAAAGUUUCAAGUUAGAGGACAUACCUUGGAAGUCAUCGGGCAAAGACUACGACUUCGGAGUCAUUGGAUUGCAUGCUGAGAUAAAGGAUUUUCUCAAAUACAUAUCACCAAAUCCAGCAGAACAGUUUGCUCGUGAAGUUGUCGUUGCCAAGGUCAGGGACAUCGUGUACGGUUUGUGGCCGAAUUGCCAAGUUGACGUCUUUGGAAGUUUUAAGACAGGCUUAUACCUGCCCACAAGUGAUAUUGAUAUGGUCAUAUUCGGGAAAUGGGAUGCCUUGCCACUACAUACUUUGGAACAAGCCUUAUUUAAAAGUGGCAUUUCAUCCGAAAUCAAGGUUCUGGAUAAAGCUACUGUACCGAUUGUGAAGAUGACAGAUAAGGAAACAGAACUGCGUGUAGAUAUCAGCUUUAACAUGAUUAAUAGUGUCAGAGCAGCAGAGCUCAUUAGAGUUUUCAUGAAAAAGUACCCUUGCCUCCCUUACCUGGUAUUUGUUCUAAAACAAUUUUUGCUUCUACGAAAUUUGAACGAAGUGUGGACUGGUGGGUUGAGUUCGUAUGCACUCAUACUAAUGUGCGUUAGUUUUCUGCAACACACAUUACGUCCGGAAAUUUCCAUUGAUGACGUCAAUCUAGGCAUUCUGUUGGUCGAAUUCUUUGAACUGUACGGUCGUCAUUUCAAUUACAGAAAUACAGCAAUCCGCAUUACAAAUGGUGGCUGUUAUGUUCGUAAAGAAGUUGUCCAACAAAAUAUGGAGAGAGGUUUGCGUCCGUCUCUUCUCUGUAUUGAGGAUCCGCUCUGUCCUGGUAAUGAUGUCGGUCGUCGAUCGUAUUGUGCGCUUCAAAUUAAACAGGCAUUUGAAUAUGCCUAUGUUGUACUUAGUAGUGCUGUACUUCCUCAGUACCAUUUCCUACACUGUAACACAGAUGUCUCAAUACUUGGACGAAUCAUUCGCGUUUCCGAAAAGUCUAUCGAAUUUCGUCAAAGGAUCCAAGAUUAUGCUCACCACCUGCGUGCUUCUCUCUCAGUAAAUACAAAAAUAUUGCAAGGACAUAUCAGUAGCAGAUCUCAAGCUUUUAUCCUACCAUUAACUCCCUGGGCCACACAGUCCAACUUGAACACAGUCAGUAGAAUAGAUUGUGCACUGCCAACAUCCAUUGGACAAAGAAAUAAUAUCUCCGCUCAAUCACAUAUACCUGUUAUUCCUAGAACCGAACAACUGGAUUUGCCGAUUCUUGUUUGGCCAUCAGAUCCCCGUGUUAAUGCAUCCCAAGCACCUAAAGUAUCUGAUACACAAGAUAACUGUGUUACCGAUGGCGCGGCUUCUCGUUCACCAAUCAAUUCAUCAACAGAAAAACCUGUUAGCAUAUCUGGUUCUGACAGUUGCACCGAGCACGUUGAAAUAGUCAACUCCGAGUCUUCAAGUGAUGAAGGAGAUCUUCAAGGCAAUACUCACGGCGAAUCCAAUGUUGAAAAACCUGGAGAAUACAGCGUACUAGCAGAUGAACUUGCUUCCCUAACAACCUUUAACCAAAUAGAAAAGAAAAACAUUUCAGCCCCAACAGUUAACACUGAUUCGUUAAAAUCCUCAGGGGUUACUUUCAGAAAACCUCAUCAAGGUCGUAAAAGACGAUGUUUACGUGUGUUGACUCCCUCAGACCCGAACAUAAGUAACUCUUUAAACCAGAGAUCAACGAACCCCUCUGAUGAUUAUAUUGUACCCAUGUAUUCAAACACUCGAGAUAUCGCUUUUUCGAACCAAAGAACAAGCUCCAAAAAUCAUGUUAAUGAAAAAAAUAACAACUUUCGCAAGUUGUAUGAAAAAUCACAUCAAAGUGCCUUGCUUUGCUUCCCCACUUCUGUUGGAUCUCAGGUGUUGCUCUCAAAUAAUUCAAGCUCCAAUAGUUUUUCCCGCUUAUCUCAAGCUCAGAAACGUCAUGCAACAGCUUUUAGACGCUCAAAGUAA